AUGAGAUUGAAGCACUUUUUCCUCUUUAAAUCAGCAGAGCACGAUUUCUUCUUUUUCACCUGUUCGACACUUCCCUACGCUGCCACUUCUCUCCUCCUCACUGCGACCACAAGAGCAUCAUCUCGUCUUCCCAAUCACGCCUUCCUCAUUGUAAAUUUAGUUAAGAAGGUACAAGAUUUCCUCAACGGACCAACUUUUGGAGAUGCAGAAAUAGACAGAGCAUCAUUGAAGAUUGGAGAAAAGAUUGCAUCUGGAUCAUGUGGUGAUUUAUUCCAUGGAGAGUACCUUGGUGUGAGUGUGAAGAAGGAUGUGAUCGUGACAAUCUCUUCUUGUGCAUGGGUUUGCUAUGAAUCAGAUGGUGAAAUUGAGGCUCUACGUGAAUGGCUUGAAGAUGAUGAUGCAAAAGAGAAACAAUUGAAAGAAAACAUUAAAAAAUGGCAAAGGAACAAAUCCAAUGAUUUAAAUGAUAAUCACAUUGUGGGUCAAGUUGCACUUCAGUUCAGAUCAUCGGUUCAUUCCACAAAUAUUGGCGGAGUGAGUGAAGCUGAAGUUGGUGAGAAGAAGGAUAGAGUUACUGAUGCUCUAAAUGCUACAAAGACUGCAGUUGAAGAAGGAAUUGUGCCAGGUGGUGGUGUUGCUCUUCUAUAUGCUUCAAAGGAGCUUGAUAAUCUUAUUACAACUAAUUUUGAUCAGAAGAUUGGUGUUCAAAUAAUUCAAAAUGCUCUCAAGGCACCGGUGUACACAGUAGCUGCGAAUGCAGGAGUAGAGGGUGAUGUUGUUGUUGGGAAACUAUUGGAGCAAGAUAACCCCGACCUUGGAUAUGAUGCUGCUAAAGCAUAA